AUGACAAGCAAGCCCCGUCCCGUGCCCACAGGCCGCAUCGACUUCGAUGCUGCCGACCUUCCUGAAUACGCCAACUGCUAUGCCAUAGUCUUGGACUCGCUCUACCCCAAAGCGGAAAUCAUCACGAUCCUCGAUGCUCCCACCCAAGCUGGCAAAGAAUGGGAUGUCGCACGAGUCAACGCUGGCACUUACGAAUUUACCAACACUUCCUACCGUAAUGGCGAGCGCAUUAUUUACGACUCGUUCGAGCUCUCAGGCCAGAUUUUCGAGAAGAUCCGCCCCCAUUUGAGCGAGAUCGAGGAGAUUGAAGAGGACGUGACAGUGCGGGCAAAGAACCCGGCGACAGGGAGGUACAAAAAGAUGCCGGCGAAGCAAAAGUGGCGCAUGGUCAGGAUGAAUGAGCGGUUGAGGUUUCUGAGGUAUCCUGUGGGCGGGUUCUUCCGUGCGCACGUGGAUGGGUGCUAUGAAAACGAGCAGAACGGCCAGCGCACGUUCUACACAGUGCAGCUCUAUCUCCCCUCAGAUACGAGUGGGUCUGCACAGAGCUUCAAGCCCGCGGGCGGCGGCGCAACACGCUUCUGGGGCGAUAACGAGAAGGAUUACGCCGAUGUCAUUGCUGUCCCUGGACGCGUUUUAGUCUUCCAACACGAUGAUCUGCUGCACACCGGAGAAGAGGUCACUUCUGGCGUGAAGUGCGCUAUGCGUUCGGAUAUUUUGUACGAGAAAGUCGGGGAGCCGAUGGUGGUUGUGUAG